GAUGACGUCAGUCGCACAACAGUUAACAAGCUGCUCGGUUGAUUCUUGAAUCGCCACUUCGCAGCAUUUACAACAAAAACAAUAAGGACACGACACCAACAACAGCCAUGUCUGUGAAUUAUGCCGCCGGGCUUUCGCCGUACGAAGACAAAGGAGUCUGUGGACUUCCUGAGGUAUUUGAUGGUCCUGAGGAGCUGAAGGCGAAGGUAGAGACCCUCGCUCAGUUGAUAAAAGAAUCUCAGUACUUGGUCGUCCACUCUGGAGCAGGAAUCAGCACCUCAGCAGGCAUCCCUGAUUUCAGGGGUCCAAAGGGUGUGUGGACGUUGGAACAAAAGGGCGAAUCACCUCACUUUGACACCACAUUUGAAGAUGCCCGACCCAGCUUGACACACUUGGCCCUUCUGGGACUGCAAAGGGCAGGGUACCUCAAGUAUCUCAUUAGCCAGAAUGUUGAUGGCCUGCAUGUCCGAUCUGGAUUUCCCAGGGAUAUGUUAUCAGAGCUUCAUGGAAACAUGUUUGUGGAGGAGUGUGAGAAGUGUGGCAGGCAGUAUGUCAGGGAAAAGGUGAUCGGUGUGAUGGGGCUGAAACCCACAGGACGUUACUGUGAUGUGGUCCGCUCCAGAGGACUCAGAGCCUGCAGAGGGAAGUUGAUCAGCACUAUACUGGACUGGGAAGAUGCUCUUCCAGACAGAGACCUGAACAAAGCAGACGAUGCAAGCAGACGAGCAGACCUGGCGCUGACGCUCGGCACCUCCAUGCAGAUCAAACCCAGUGGAGACCUUCCACUACUCACCAAGCGCAAAGGUGGCAAAGUGGUCAUUGUCAACCUGCAGCCCACCAAGCACGACAAGCAUGCACACCUGCGUAUCAGUGGUUAUGUGGACGAGGUCAUGAAACAGGUGAUGGAGCUGCUGGGAUUGGACAUCCCAAAGUGGGAUGGGCCGACCGUCUGCGAGAGCUCCACAGCCACCUCUGAGUCCUCCACUGAUGUCAAACCGCUAUGUGCAGUCACUGCAAAGGAAAAGGUGAAAAAGGGCCUCAUAAAGGAAGAGAGGAAAAGAGAAGCAACGCAGCUAACAGAGAACGGGAGUGUUAAGGAGGAGACGGUUUCAGUAAAAAGGGAGAGAGCAGACUCUCCGGUGGGGAUAAAUGAAGAGAAAUAGCCUAAAGUAUUUUCCUCACAACACAAACUCAUCCAGAAACAAACCUUACACCUGAGGGUUGUCGGUUUGAUGGAUAUCACAGAGGAGGAGGGAGGUUCUUGCCUUCUUAUGCCCUCCGGAGCAAAGACUCUUCUAGUACUCUAGUGGUUUUGUUAAUCCAAGAUUUCUCAGUCUGCCCUCACAGCCACGAUGAGAAGCGACGUGAAAUUAACUGAUAGAAGAUUCCUCAGCUGAAGCCUCACACAGUGACCUCCUUAUAAGUCAAAAGAGAUGGUGCUACAUCAGUUGGAUGUUUGAAAAUGUUUCUUUUAGUCUGUGAUCAAAGCAGAGUGCGAUAUAAAUGUUCCUCCUGCUAUUAUGGGAUCUUUAUGAGUCAGAUCACCUGGAGCUUCAAACCAGAUCCUUGACAGAAAGGACAACAAGAUGAGAUCUGGAGCACAAAGUUAUAAAUGAAGCUUUAAAUAAGAUGUGUAAGGUUGCUGCACCUUAUUAAUUGCUUUAUUUUUAACCGAGUGCUCCAGAUCUCGCUUGUAAAGACACCUUUGUUCAGUGUUUUACGCCAAAGGACGUCUGAUCUUAUUAAGUCUGAUUGACAUGAGUAGUUACAUGCGACUGUGGGAGGUUUUAGUUCAGUGUUACAUUGUAAAAAACAAUAAUGAGGAGCACAGUUUUUGUUUUAUCCCCAACAUCUUCUGUUGUAAGUCUUCUUUUAAGCGAUCAAACUACUUCUCUUUCUUGUACAGGAGUUGUACUUCUCUUACUCUUCCUCUCGUGAGAUGUGUAAUUCCGCCUGUUUUGUAUAUAAACGCAGCACCUGCUGCUGAUUGGCUGUAAAUGGACCAUAAUCACACUGUGUGUUUCUAGGAGAAUGUUUUUAUCUCAGGAAAAGCAUUGCCGGGGGAAAAAAAAGCUUUACUGUUUUUUUUUAAUACAUUUUUUGGAAAUAAACACAAUCAGUUCCUGGUACGA